GCGGAGGCGGAGGCGGGGGGGCGGUGGUGGCGGGGAGGGUCUCCUCCUCGGGGCUGAGUCCGGCGGUGGCGGUGGCGUUGGCGGCAGCGGUGGGAUAUCUGCGCACCCCGCGGAGGGGGAGAAAGAGCGAGCAAGCGAGCGAGCUAGAGGGAAGGGGGGAGGGGCGGGUGGUCCCGGCCAUGACGGCGGAGCUGCAGCAGGAGGACGCGGCGAGCGCGGCGGAGAGCCACGGCUCGAGCUGCCAAAUGCUAUUAAAUCAACUGAGAGAAAUCACUGGAAUUCAGGAUCCAUCUUUUCUUCAUGAAGCUUUGAAGGCUAGUAAUGGUGAUAUAACCCAAGCAGUAAGCCUUCUCACUGAUGAAAGAGUUAAAGAGCCAAGCCAAGACACCAUUGCUGCAGAACCAUCAGAAGGAGAAGGGAGUGCUGCCAACAAAGUAGUACCACCAAAAGUAAUUGAUCCAACACAUGAUAAUAAAGACGAUCUUCAGGCAGCCAUUGCUUUGAGUCUACUAGAGUCACCCAAAAUCCAAGCUGAUGGAAGGGAUCACAACAGGACUCAUGAAGCAACUACUGUUGAAAAUAAACGUUCAAAGAGGAAGCGCUGUGAAGUUUGGGGAGAAAAUCCCAACCCCAAUGACUGGAGGAGAGUGGAUGGUUGGCCAGUUGGACUUAAAAAUGUUGGCAAUACCUGUUGGUUUAGUGCUGUUAUACAGUCUCUCUUUCAGCUCUCUGAAUUUCGAAGACUUGUUCUUGGCUACAGUCUUCCACAAAAUAUACUUGAAAAUUGCCGAAGCCACACAGAAAAAAGAAAUAUUGUAUUUAUGCAGGAGCUUCAGUAUCUGUUUGCUCUAAUGAUGGGAUCAAAUCGUAAAUUUGUAGACCCUUCAGCAGCCCUGGAUCUCUUAAAAGGAGCAUUCCGUUCAGCUGAUGAACAGCAGCAAGAUGUGAGUGAAUUCACCCACAAGCUCCUAGAUUGGCUGGAGGAUGCAUUCCAGCUUGCUGUUAAUGUCAACAGCAGUCCCAGGAACAAAUCCGAAAACCCAAUGGUGCAGCUUUUCUAUGGCACUUUCCUGACUGAAGGGGUUCAUGAAGGUAAGACCUUUUGCAACAAUGAAACCUUUGGCCAGUAUCCCCUUCAGGUAAAUGGUUAUCGGAACUUAGAUGAAUGUUUGGAAGGAGCCAUGGUGGAGGGGGAGAUCGAGAUGCUUCCUCCUGAUCAUUCAGUGAAGUAUGGACAAGAGCGAUGGUUUACAAAGCUACCUCCGGUGCUGACCUUUGAACUCUCCAGAUUUGAGUUCAAUCAAUCCCUAGGUCAACCAGAGAAAAUUCAUAAUAAGCUGGAAUUUCCUCAGAUUAUUUAUAUGGAUAGGUACAUGUAUAGCAGCAAAGAGCUUAUUCGAACUAAAAGAGAACACAUUCGGAAGUUGAAAGAGGAAGUUAAAAUUCUACAGCAAAAAUUGGAAAGGUAUGUGAAGUAUGGCUCUGGCCCAGCUCGAUUCCCCCUCCCCGACAUGUUGCAGUAUGUUCUUGAGUUUGCCAGCACCAAGCCUGCCGAGGAAGUGCCUCCCUCGGGGCAUGCCUCAUCUCUCCACUGCCCCAUUUCUGACCUGACAGCCAAAAAGAGUAUUAGAUCAGAAGAAUACUCUGGCAAAGUUGAAGUUUCUCUAUCCUCCUUGGAAAAAGAAAAUUUACUACAAAGUGAUCUGAUAAAUAAGCCAUUUACAUCUUCCCGACCUUCAGUGAAAAUGCCUGAGCACCCAGCUCCACGAACAAUUACUGAGGAGGAAAUGAAUUUUGUUAAGACUUGUCUUCAGAGGUGGAGAAGUGAGAUUGAACAAGAUAUACAAGACCUAAAGAACUGUAUUGCAACUACUACUCAAACCAUUGAGCAAAUGUACUCUGAUCCCCUUCUUCACCAGGUGCCUUAUCGUUUACAUGCAGUUCUGGUUCAUGAAGGACAGGCAAAUGCUGGACAUUACUGGGCUUAUAUCUAUAAUCGACCCCGAAAUAUUUGGCUCAAAUAUAAUGACAUCUCUGUGACUGAAUCUUCAUGGGAAGAACUUGAGCGGGACUCCUAUGGAGGCCUGAGAAAUGUUAGUGCUUACUGCCUGAUGUACAUUAAUGACAAGCUGCCCCACUUCACUGCAGAAGCGGCAGCAACUGAACCAGACCAGAUGCUGAAAGAGGUAGAAGCCUUGUCCGUAGAACUUAAGCAUUAUAUCCAAGAAGAUAACUGGAGAUUUGAGCAGGAAGUUGAGGAGUGGGAGGAGCAACAGUCCUGCAAAAUUCCUCAGAUUGAAUCCUCUACCACCUCUGAGUCACAGGAUUUCUCAGAUACUUCACAAGAGCCAUCCCUGACCCCUUCCCAUGGUGUUCGGUGUUUGUCAUCUGAGCAUGCUGUGAUUGCAAAGGACCAGACAGCCCAGGCUAUUGCCAACACAGCAUAUGCCUAUGAGAAAAGUGGUGUGGAAGCAGCUCUCUCAGAGCUUAAGGAAGCUGAGCCCAAGAAGGCCAACCCCCAGGAAACAAACCCUGCAGAUCAGUCAGAGCAGCUCCAAGAGGCUAAUGGUACUGAGUCGGCUGGCCAGCCUAAUUCUCAGGUCUCUGAAGUCGAGAUUCCCAGUGUGGGAAAGAUUCUGGUUAGAUCUGAUGCAGAUGGAUAUGAUGAGGAGGUGAUGCUGAGCCCCGCCAUGCAGGGGGUCAUCCUGGCCAUAGCUAAAGCCCGUCAGGCCUUUGAUCGAGAUGGGUCUGAAGCAGGGCUUAUUAAGGCAUUCCAUGAAGAAUAUUCCAGGCUAUAUCAGCUGGCCAAAGAGACCCCUACACCUCACAAUGACCCUCGGCUCCAACAUGUCCUUGUAUACUUUUUCCAAAAUGAGGCUCCAAAACGAGUGGUGGAGCGGACUCUUCUGGAACAGUUUGCAGAUAAAAACCUCAGCUAUGAUGAACGAUCAAUUAGUAUCAUGAAGGUGGCUCAAGCCAAACUAAAGGAGAUUGGUCCAGAUGACAUGAAUAUGGAAGAAUACAAGAAAUGGCACGAAGAUUACAGUUUGUUUCGCAAAGUAUCAGUGUAUCUUUUGACGGGCUUGGAGCUCUAUCAGAAUGGAAAGUGCCAUGAAGCUCUUUCCUACUUGGUGUAUGCAUACCAGAGUAAUGCAGCCCUGCUAAUGAAGGGGCCUAGCAGAGGAGUGGAGGAAUCAGUGAUCGCUUUGUAUCGAAGAAAAUGCCUUCUGAAACUGAACAGUAUGGCAGCUUCUCUAUUUGAAACCAAUGAGGAGCUCAAUGUGACUGAAGGCAUUAAUGUCAUGAAUGAGUUGAUUAUUCCCUGCAUUCAUCUCAUCAUAAAUAAUGAUAUCUCAAAGGAUGACUUGGCUGCUAUUGAAAUCAUGAGGAACCACUGGUGCUCUUACCUUGGACAGGAUAUUGCUGAAAACCUCCAGCUGAGGCUUGGGGAGUUUCUCCCCAGGCUUUUAGACCCUUCUGCAGAAAUCAUAGUCUUGAAAGAACCUCCAACCAUCCGCCCCAACUCCCCCUAUGAUCUCUGUAGCAGGUUUGCUGCAGUCAUGGAGUCAAUCCAGGGGGCUUCAGCUGUGACAGUGAAGUAAGCCUCCUACUGCUCAUGGCCCAACAUGGUCUCUGGUCACCCAGCUGCUGCACAGAAUCGUGUUGUCACAGUUUUCACCUCAGGGAGGGAAAUAGUUGGACAAGUGAGAUUUGGAUCCAAACCCAACUGUACUGUGUGUGUAGAGGAUUAAAAGCAAUAUUGCACUUUUUAGGUACAAAGUUUUAAGAACUAUUUUACAGCAAGGGGCAGGAACCACUACUUAGGUCACAAAUUCUUUCAGGGGACUUUUAUGUGCCUCUUGUACCUACAAAAAUGCUUGGGCUUGUCUAAGCCACUUGCCACUUUUUUAAUGUCCUCCAGGCAUAAAUAUUUUUGACAGCAGAGUAGAAGAGUGAUUCAGAGCCUAACUCAGAUGAGCAGCUACCAGUUAUUUUAUCAAAUACGCACAGUAGACACCUUUAAAAUUCUUAAUUGAAAGAGAGAAAAAUAAACACAUGCCAACAUUCUGACAGGAAAUGUCAGGAUUGGAUUGCUGAAGAGCUGUUGACCUCUAGGUGUAGGGUAGCACAUGGAGCUACUGUGUAUGUCACUGAGACUACCAGAAAGUCAUAAAGGGAGGGUUCCUCCUUACUUUUUUCCCUUUAUUUUUUUUUUUAAUUUUCUGAAAUAAAUCAGAAAAUCUCACACUUGGCUCUGAUUGAGUGAAAGAAACAAAAGCAUUGACAACUGUCAAUUUAAAGCUUGACUACCCACAGUAGUAUUUUGAUGAUAGUUUACCAUUUAGAGAUUUUCUAGCAUCUGGAAAUAUUUUACUGAUAUCAAUAGUAGGUGUCCAGGGUGGAUACAAGCACAAAUGAACAUUUUUAUCUUUUUUUUCUAAAAGAGGGGAUUGUGGAAGAAAAAAAUUCCUAGUUGACCAUUUUUUUAAGUCCCCUGUUUGGGUAUUGUGUUUUAACCAAAUUGUAAGGAUAAAUGGCUAAGAGGUGGGAGGGAAGAACACUUGAUACAACUAUGCAGAUUUUAUAAAUGUGCAAUAAAAGCAUUUGUUUUA